AUGGGUCUUGUUGACUACUCAGACUCCGAUAGCUCAGGCUCCGAGGCAGACGCCCCGGCCAAGACCGCCCCGAAGCCGCCUCCCAAGGCCUCCCAAACGUCCUCCAAGAAGCCCUUCCAAAAGGUCGUCGAUCGAUCCAACCCGGGCAGAAUCCUCGUCAACCUCCCGCAACUCUCCGCCGAAGCCCCCAAGACACAUGGCGACGAGCCCCCCGCAAAACGCGCCAGGAUGGGGGGCUCUGGUGCAUUCUCUGGCUUCAACUCGUUUCUACCCGCCCCGAAGAACGCAAACAAGCCAAAGGCUGCCCCUGCCACGACCAGCGCUGGCCAAACCAAGCCGAGUGUCAACUUUAAGACAAGUGCCGCGCCCGGAUUCAGCAGAAGCACCGGGGAUGAUGACGAUUUCGAGCCCUCGGGUGGCAUGGGCCUGCCCCUACCGAAAGCGGCCGCGCAACCCUCGAUCCCGGAAGGACAGAAGCCAGAGGAGGAAGUCAAGCUGGUGGGCAAGCCGUUGAUGUUCAAGCCUCUCUCGGUAGCACGGACACAGAAGAAGAAGAAACCUACGAGCGCCGCGAUGGCCAAGGCAGCAGCUCAGAAAGCCCAAUCGCAUGCACAAACCGCGACGGAGACCAAGGCGGAACCCGCACCAGCACCGGCCCCGAAGAAGGUUUCACUUUUCUCCAUGCACACAGAGGAGCCCUCAGAACCCGUGGAUCCUGUUCAAAAGAGUGGCGCUUAUGAACCGCUGUUCGAGAAACAGGAUAGCGCAAACCCAUACGACAGCGGCGCAUACGACGACUAUGCCCAGUAUGCUAGCCACGCGCAGACCGGUCCCUCCGCAACCACCGCCCCGGGAACCGAAUCACUGGACACGAUAGUAGAUGACAUGGGCCUAUCGGCGGCUGCGAAACGUGAGCUGUUUGGGCGUGGUGGACAAGGGAAGCACAUGGCCAAGAACGUCAUCAACUUCAACAUGGACAAGGAGUACGAGCACAACGAGGAGAUUCGCGCCGCCGGGGAACAGCAGACGCACAACCCCGUGCGGGCCAUCCAAGGCGGCAAGCACAGCCUGCGCCAGCUCGUCCAGAACGUCCACAACCAGAAGGAGGCUCUGGAGGACAGCUUCGCCAAGGGGAAGACGAAUCGCAAGGAGGCGUCGAACAAAUACGGCUGGUGA